AUGACUCAGGGCAACCAUGCGGAUAUUAAAAAAAGGGACAUUCGUGAAAUGAGUCUCGCCGAGUUAGAAACCAUCCGAUGGGAUCAAAAUGAAAAAUUUACUGAUUAUAUAUCAAGAUUUCGUGGGCUUGUUAUUGAUGCUGAGAGGGUUGAUGUUACUGAAAUAACUAUAAUAAAUUUUUUUUUGAAAUCUCUCCCACCCAAAUUCGCCGACUUUAUUCGAGAACGAACCACCGAUCAAAAGAUUCCCAAAUCCACUUUGAAGCAAGUAAUGGAUUUUGCCGAAAACAACGUCAACGAAUUCUACAAUGAAACCAUUUCGGAAUCGCUCUUGUCAUGCAAUAAAUUGUGCAAGGAUGCUUCCGAGCCAAGCGUUUUCAGCAAAUUUGUGGAUUCGACUGAUUCUAUGUUCCAAGACAUUAAUGCAGUUAGUCUUCCAGGAUCAAACGAAGUCAUGAAACACACUGUGGCGUGUAGGCGAGCUGCAAAUAUGGUUGAAAGAGAUCCAGCUUUCAGAAACAGUGGCCACAUAAUUGCCACUAAACUUCGACAAUUCGGUGAGAAAGUUAAUGAUGCAGGGAAUGACCUACAGAUAAUGUAUCGCAAAGGAUCCUUCGUCUUUGAAACUUUUAAAAUUGAAAUUGAAGCCAUGAUGGACAGACUCGAUACUCAGGAUCGCAAUAAAGGCGAAUUCUUUAGGGAAAGAAUCAAAAAAAUGACUUCGACAGUCCAAGAUUUUAGUAAAAAAGUUAAGAUAGCAAAGGAUUCUAUGUUGAAUGCAGAAAAUCAUCGUGAUGGUCUUGAGAAGGAAAUACUUACCGGAAUUAGGGAAGCAGAAAAGUUUAUAGAAACUGGAUAUUAUAAUUCAGUCGAUUUGAGGAAAGCCAAAGAUGGACUUGGUGCAAUUAAUGAGAUCCUGUACCAUCUCCAUAAUACGGCUGUUCAUUUAGAUGAAAUAAUUAAGAAAUUAUGA